AUGCCAACACCAAAGUUUGUACCCCCAGCUGGAAUUACUCCCGGUAUUGCCAUCAACACGGGUGUUAAGCAGGGCUGUCCUCUAUCUCCCAUAUUGUUUAACUUAUGCAUUGAAAUUAUCAUUUGUGCUAUCUCUACAACAGGACAUAUCGGUCCAGCUAAACAUUUCAAUGGUGAGAUUUCGGUUUUUGCAUACGCUGAUGAUUUAGUCCUAAUAGCUAAGAGCAAGGAAAAACUCCAACAACUUCUAGAUGCAGCAUCCUCUUCUGCUAACUUAAUAGGUCUAGAAUUCCGUCCAGACAAAUGUGCUUCCCUCAAUAUGACCUACGACAAAAAAUUUCAGUAUAACAUUCAAUUGAUCAAAUUCUGUGUCCAAGACAAAGAUUUACCUGUUUUGAAAGAGCAUGAACACUACCGAUAUCUAAGUGUUCCUAUUGGCAUUAUUCACAAUGUUGAGUGUCUUGAAUCCCUUGUUGAUGAUCUCUAUAGUGACCUGGAGAGAAUAGAAUCAUCUCUGUUGGCUCCGUGGCAGAUGCUGGAUGCAAUACGAACUUUCAUUCAGCCAUGUUUAACCUUUGCAUUAUGCACUGGAGAGCCGCGGAAAGUGUCCGUGGCCAAAUACAGAAAGAAACUAGUUGAAGUUGUUCGUGCCAUAUGUAACCUGCCCCUCAGAACCACUUCCCACAUCAUCUUUGCUUCAUCAAAACUGGGCAGUCUUGGUUUCCAAAUUUAUUAA